CCGCCCAGCCCCGGCGGCAGCGGGGCCGGGCCGGGCCCAGGGAGCGCGGCCGGGAGCUCCGGCCAUGGCGGCCAACGAGGACCAGGAGAUGGAGCUGGAAGCGCUGCGCUCCAUCUACGAGGGAGACGUGUGCUUCAGGGAGCUCAGCCCCGUGUCCUUCCAGUACAGGAUAGGUGAAAGUGGAGAUCCCAAAGCCUUUCUAAUAGAAGUUUCUUGGCCAGAAACAUAUCCACAAACAGCACCAGUCAUAUCGAUGGAUGCUUUCUUCAACAACACAAUAUCUUCAGCCAUUAAGCAAAGCAUAUUGGAUAAGUUAAUGGUAGAAGUUGAAGCAAAUCUCGGAACUGCAAUGACAUACACACUUUUUGAAUAUGCCAAAGACAAUAAGGAGGUGUUCAUGGAAAAUCAACCUGUUAACACUGUGACUUCAGUAAGCAAUAGUAUUUCAAUUGGAACUCCUGAAGUGCCACCAAGUAAGAAAAAAGAGAAAAAGGAGCAGUUAUCCAAAACCCAGAAACGAAAACUAGCUGAUAAAACAGACAACAAAGGAGAGCUUCCACGAGGAUGGAACUGGGUUGAUGUAAUUAAGCAUGUAAGUAUUUUCAAGUUCUCUUAUUUACUGAGCAAUUAAGUCUUAAUUUUAUGAGAGGGCUUUGCUAACGAAAUGUGCUGCAAAUAUUCUGUCUUCAUAUGACAAGAAGAUUUUAAAUAAAGUUAGUAGUGCUGCCAGGUUCUGGAGGGCUGUGGGUAAGUAAGGAAUAAAAGGGAGCUGUCCCAAGUGGGAGCACCUUGCUCUCUCCUACAAGCCUCAUUCUCUGCUGCAACUACUCCAGUGAAUAAUUCUUUUCUGCUUGCUGCCUCACUAUUGAUUUUUUCCACUCUCUUGUCUUUGCUGAUUCAGUGAAAAUCACUGCUUUACAAUUUUGAAAGCAAACUAUCUUAUAUUACACAAUUGAGGUAAUUUUUGCUGUAAGACCUAACAACAGUUCCAGUUGUUAAGUAAGAGCAAGUAAAUGAUGAAGGUUGUUUUGGGCAGAGUCCUUCUGAGUUAGAAGUGGCUAUUUAUAGUGGAUGUCUUGGUUUUCAGAUAGAUUUCAUUACAGGUAUGCUACUUUUGAUAAUUAUCAGCUUAGCUUUAAAAGGUGAGAAAUACUAAGUUAAUGUCUAUUUUUAUACUGUCUAAAUUUCUAUAUGGGAAUUCUCUCAGAGAUAUAUGAAGAUAAAGUUCUGUUACUUCAUCUUUUUUUUUCUUUUUGGAGAGCUAGUGAUAAAGCCUUCAAAUUAAAUAGAAACAGUGCCCUGAGGCUUUUCUGGGGUUUGUUGUUUGUUUUUUUAAAAUUCAACUUUCAUGAUCAGGAAAUAAGCUCAUUUAGUGUUUAAGCUUAAGAAUUAACUUCUGAUACUUUUCAGUCUUUUGAUACAGUAGCACAAUCAGUCUGUAUUGUUAAUUAAGUAAAUGCAUGUUCAGUGUGAGAUGGAAAUAAUGUUCUUGUUUCCUAAUAAAUGGAAUGACAGCCUAAAAUUUGAAUACUUUCUUUUUGUGUCUCUUUUAUAGUUAAGCAAAACUGGUUCUAAAGAUGAUGAAUAAAGGACUUUGGUACAAGGAAACUCCACCUUUUAACACAGUGCAAUUCUGGGUCACCAUCUCUCUCUUAAUAACUUUCAUACUUGUUGAAGUAAACAUUUUAUAAAGCUCAAUUUCCUAACUUGUAAAUCUAGUCACACAAGCUUGUCUAGAGACCACGUGGUCGUCUUCAGAAAAAUCAACCAACAAACUUGCCUUAAAUGAAGGUUAGAAUGUGACAAAGGAUAUAGGGAGCCAGUGUGGUGAAUAGUGCUGAAGUGUUUAUUAAUUUAUAUUUAGUCUGUAGUAAAAUCCUGUUAUAGUGAACCCAAUGAUACUGUAAACAUUUCAUGAUGUUCUUAUUCCAGUUGAAGAAAAAAGCACUAUAACAGUGAUUGGUGGCUUGAUGGCUUAAUUCAUCAAAAUAAAUUGUUCCAUGGAAAUAAGACCUUUGUCAUUUGUUUUCUAGUAUGAGUUAGAAGGAGGACAUACAAAUUGUUGCAUUGCAGAACAGGCUAGAGUUUGUGGUCUCAUUUUCACUAGUAACUGGCUGAAAUAGUAAAUACUAGUGAAAGCAAGGCCAAAUAUUCUAGUCUGCUCAAAAAUGAAUGGUUAAAGCAGGAGUGCAGCUUCUUUAUUGUGCACAAUAUCCAUCUGUUGGUCUUUCUCCAGUGUGCAUGUUUACAGACAGUGGGAUGUCUGAGGAGGGGCAAAAGUGCUUUCUUGCACGUGUCUCAAUGAGUGUUGGGAUUUUGUAGCUGUUUCAUUGGAGAAAUAGGCAUUCUUUGGAGGGAUUUCCUGACUAACUGGUGGGACAGGGGAAAUCAGUAAUCCAUCAAACAGUUUGGGAGAAGUUCUUUGUGAGAGCUCUUUUCUUUUUUUUUUUCCCUAAUCUGCUCUCUUGUAUAAGAAGGAGAAGUCAUUUUUACUGUAUGAACUGUCAUUGAAUACAAGAUGCCUUAAUGUCUUUUAUUAUUUUUGUUUGUUUUGAGAUGAACUUUAAUAAAUGCCUAUUUAUCUG